AUGAGACUACUUGCGUUGGUAUUGUUAUUGUUGUGUGCGCCGCUUCGUGCAUGGACUUAUAGCUUACGAUAUGGCAUACCCGAAUCUGCUCAGGUCUGGUCUAUUUUAGUUCAUUUACUGGGCGAUGUUGAUAAUCAGCUGUUAACUAAUUUAUAUCCUUUGGUUACCGGUUUGGAUGACGAGAUUGAUAUUCAAGAAAAUCUUGUGGCGCUAACUUCCAAUGUAUUAAGGGAGCGAUACGAUAAAGAGGAUGUGGCUGAUUUAUUGGAACUGUAUGCUAGUCUUUACCCUAUGGGUAUGAUACAGCACGAUAUCAGUUCCAAUGCAGAACAAGACGAUGCAAAUAGUAGCUAUUUCGUUUUGAAUGGUAAUAGGUACGAAAAGCCCGACGACGUGUUCUACUUGAAAUCUAAGGAUUUAACAAUUCAACAGAAAGUCCCAGAUGUUGAUGUUAUACAACCUUACGAUGUUGUCAUUGGUACUAACUCAGAAGCGCCGAUAUUGAUCUUGUACGGUUGUCCUACCGUUAUUGACUCCGACUUCGAAGAAUUCAAUAGGAAUUUAUUUAUGGAAGCAAUGAAUGGAGAGGGAAAAUUUAGAUUUAUUUGGAGAUCCACAUGUUCCCUUGAUGGGAAAAGCGUGGAGUAUCCCUUAACUCAUCCGCUUGAAAUUACUUUACAAAAUGGUUCUAGAAUGAGCUCCAUACCUCAAUUAAAAAAAAUACUAUAUACUGUACCCAAAGAAAUAUUGGUUGGAGCAGACAACGAUGAUCAGCUCCAUGAUCUAGAACCAGAAGAAUUACGUGAACUUGAUUUGAGAGUAACAUCGUUAAUCUCAGAAUUUUACCAAUAUAAAAAGGAUAUCACAGCCACUCUAAAUUUCACCAAAAGUAUUGUUAACAACUUUCCACUAAUCUCUAAACAACUGAUUAAGGUUUCAUCUGUUAACAAGGAUAUAAUAACAAGUAAUGAAGAACUCAAUAGUAAAGGCUUCGAUUACAACAUGCUAGGUCUCUAUAUUAAUGGACAGAAUUGGAAAAUUACCUCACUGACUCCGUACAAUUUGCUUACUGCUUUAAAAACUGAAUACCAAAGUUUACUGAAAAUUACGAACCUUUUGCAAGAACUCGAGCCAUCGAAAUGCAUACUAGAUUCCAAGUUUUUACUCAAUAAGUUUUCUCAAUUUUCAUUGGGGAAGUUGCAAAACUUACAACCAAUCAAAAUGGAUCUCCACACAAUUCCAGGGUUCUCAGAAUCAGUAAUAUACUUCAAUGAUAUCGAAAGCGACCCGCAAUAUGACGAAUUAGUAAAUAGUGUUCAAGCAUUUUUUGAUAAAUCGAAAUUCGGAGAGUUGCCUGAAAUAAAGCAAAACUGGUCAGAGAUCAUAUUCGUUAUAGAUUUCGCCCGUUUAGAAGAUAGUGAGGUGAAGGAGGCAUUGGGUGGGUUGGUUCGUGCCGUUAAUGUUGUCUCCCAGGGAUAUCCGCAAAGAGUCGGACUAUUGCCAUUUAGUUCAGAUAGUGACAAGUCCGUUGUUAAUAAAAUUUACGAGCUGAAGAACUCAACUGACAAUUUAACAGAAUUAAAAAGUUUUUUGGAGACAAUGCUGCUUGCAGAUGGCCUUUCCGCGAAUGCAAAACAUUCAAAACACAUACCAGUUCCAGAUGUUUUCCAUCUACUUGAUGAACUUCAAAUUGACGAAACAUCAAUUAUAAUCAAUGGAGAGAUUUACCCAUUUAGAAAAAAUGCUUGGAAUUAUUUAAUUGCAAAAGUUAUCAAAAAGGACACUGAAUUUAUUCGUAAAGAAUUGAGCAAUUCUUCUCCGAAAAACAAACAAAUUAGCGUAAGGGACUUAUUGCAUUACAAAUCUGCAAAUCUGAGACAUAAUAAAUAUACACCAAAUUAUUUUGCUGAUUCGGUAUAUUCUUCGGUCAACAAUACUGCAUUGGAAAGCGUAUGCUCAGAAAGAAUAGGCUACUAUACUAAAAAUGAAGAAUACAAUUUAUUACACACAAUCACAUUAGUGGAUGAUUUUGGCUCUAUUCAUGCUUUGAAAAGAUUGAGAAACUUGUUGCAUACUUCCUUUGUUGGUGUUAGGAUCAGAAUCAUUCACGUAGGUGAUAUUUCUGAUAUUUGGUAUCAAUUGCGUGGAAGUCUUUCCCAAAAAGAUCCAAUAGGCUCAAUAAAUACAUUUAUUGAUGCUUUGAAACUUAAAAAGGUAAAAAGUCACACGUACAAAAAAAGCGGCUUAAACCAGUUAGGCCUUCAUAAAUGGCUUCCUGACAUUCCAUUAUUUGAAUUGCAAAAGGGUUCAUUUAUUGCUUUGAACGGUAGAUUUAUUCAUCUUGAUCAAAAUGAAGUGCCAGAAACAGAACAUUUCGAAGCAAUCAUAAAGAGAGAAGCUCUAAGAACGAUCGAUUCAGUUUUCGCCCUAGAUUUACUUUUUCCAGGUUUCUCACAGGAAAUAAUCAAUCCUGAUUUGAUAGAAAUGAUCUCCUCCAUUUUAACUAGGUUGUUUUACCAAGGUACACAUAUAUACAAUAAUGGUAUUGAUUAUACCACUGAAAGUAGCUUACCAAGAAUGGAUUUGAGCGAGUUUUUUAGACCUAAUAAUUUAACGAUGUUUGAAGAUGGAAAAUCAGCUUCUAUUGAUUUACUACUAAUUUUAGAUCCACUUGAAGAGAGAACGCAAAUGAUUCUUUCUCUUGUUGAGCAAUUCAGGCCUUUGAAAUUUGUUAAUAUUCAGGUAAUUUUAAUGCCGACACUGGAAUUAAACAUUGUCCCUAUUAGAAGAAUAUACGUUGAUGACGCAGAUAUUGUCAAAUCAAUAACUUCUGAGGAUAGCAGAUCAGAUCCAGAAGUAGAUAUUGAAAUGGAUGUUCCUAAUUCUUUCAUUGUAGAUAAUAAUUAUCGGAUAAAAAAAUUGCUCAUAGAAUUACAUUCCUUCUCUAGCAAAACAGUCCUUUCAACUGGCAAUAUUGAUGGUAUGGGGGGUGUAUGCCUAGCACUUGUCGAUUCUGCAGGGAACAUUAUUGACAAAACUACAACAAUGAAAACCUUUGGCUAUGGACAAUUUCAUACCGACAAAUUUUUAAAGGGUUGCUAUAUAAAAAGUUGUGAUUCAAGAUAUACCGUUCAGUCAUUUUCUACUGACGGGCAUCCCGACUUUAUACCAUCAGAUUCCUUGGAUAUACUGUCGUACAAUCCACAAAAAAUCGCUGUAAAAAUUUCAGAAGAGCCUACACACGAGGAAGAAUACGAGGAAGGUCGCAACAAUGAUACAAUAAUCAAUAUUUUUACUAUUUUAGAGUCCGGGCCAGAUGAGGAAGAGAGGUACAUGCAAAUGAUUUUAUCCAUUUUGUCAAAGUGUCCCGAAACGCAAAAGGUGAAUUUUUUCAUUUUAGAUCAGCCGUUUAUCUCCGACACUUUAAGGAAAUCAUGUGAGUAUAUAAAUUCCUCUGAUGAAAUGAGAGGCAAUGUCAUUUUUUUGAAUUAUGAAUGGCCUCAAUGGUUAAGACCGCAAAGAUUUUCUUCAAGGAGAAGGGAUGUCUCUAGAUUUCUGUUCUUGGAUGUCCUUUUACCUCAAAACAUCUCCAAAGUGUUAUAUAUGAGUCCAACUGAAGUACCGCUGGAUCCUUUUGACAUUUUUCAAUUUCAAGGCCUCAAACGUGCACCUCUAGGACUAUUCCGAAUGAGUGGUGAUGGUUAUUGGAAAGAAGGAUACUGGGAAAAAAUGUUAAGGGAGAAUAAUUUAGAAUUUUAUUCUACCGAACCGGCCUUUUUAGUAAACUUAGAGAGGUUUCGGGAGUUAGAUGCUGGUGAUAAAUACAGGAUUCACUAUCAACGUAUUUCUACAGACGCCAUGUCUCUUGUCAAUAUCGGCCAAGAUCUAGUUAACAACCUACAACUCGAGGUUCCGAUUAGGUUUCUCAAGGGAUCGUAUAAGAAGAAAUUAGUUAUUAAUGAUGAAUGUGUUUCUGAAUGGAAGAAAAAAAUAAAUAAGUUCGCAUCCUCUCCUGGCGAUGAAGACGUACCUGGAGAAAGUGUUAGCAGCAAAUACCAAGAUUCCGACAAUGCCGCUCCUCUGCAUGACGAAUUAUAA